CUUCGGAAGCAGAAACGUGUAAACGCUAUAAAACGCCGUGGGGCGGCGGGCAGCUCAGAGCGUGCGGCGAGACGGAGCCCUCCUCUUCAUCCUUCUCCUCCUCCUCACCCUCUGCCGCCACCCCGGCAGCCGCGCAGCGGAGCAGGGCGCACUGCCCCAGCACCGCUCCGCACCGCGCCCGCUCAGCCAGACACACCGGCGGACUCCCGGCUCCGUGGCGGCCAUGGAGCACCGCGGCGCCUCCCCGCUCCUCCUCGCCCUCGCCCUCCUCAGCGCCCUCUGCUGGCGGGCGCGGGCGCUGCCCCCGCGGGGCGCCGCCUUCCCUCCCGUCCCGCGAUUGGGAAACAGAGUGCCAUUUGCUGGAGCCAGUGAACCUGACCAAGCCCGUGGGUCAUUAAAGUCAGAAUCAGAUAUUUUGCAGAACACACUACCUGAAAAUGAGAAAUUCUAUUUUGAUCUGUCCAGAAUUAUUGAUAGAAAUACAAGGCAUGCUGAUGGAAUUUUCACCAGUGUCUACAGCCAUCUUUUGGCUAAACUUGCUGUGAAGAGAUAUCUGCAUUCGCUUAUUAGAAAACGAGUUAGCUCCCAGGACAGUCCUGUCAAACGCCACUCUGACGCUGUCUUCACCGACAACUACAGCCGCUUUCGAAAGCAGAUGGCUGUGAAGAAAUAUUUAAACUCAGUUUUAACUGGAAAAAGAAGCCAGGAAGAGCUAAAUCCUGCUAAACUUCGAGACGAAGCAGAACUUCUUGAACCAUCCUUUUCAGAAAACUAUGAUUCUGUAGAUGAGCUGCUCAGCCACCUCCCACUGGACCUCUGAAGGACACCUGGUAAAGUCUAUGACAAGAACAAGCUAUUUUUGAGUUCCACAUAGUAUUUCAAAGAGAUGACUUUAGUCAUCAAACCAGAACAAAUAUGUUGUGAAGUGAAAGUUGUGAUAUAUUUGUUUCUUACAUAAUAAAAGUUGAUAUUUACAUUGUAAAUAUUACUCUGGAGUUCUCUACUGAAAGCUGUACAUAUGGAUGCCAGUUUAACUCAUGAGAAGUCUGUGAGUCCAUAUGCUGUAAAUCCUUUACUUCAAUAAAUUCAUUUGAAAAUGA